GCGGCCGUUGCCGUGAGGCGCGCGGGCCGGGAGCGGCGCGGGGCUGCGGCCGUGCGGAGCCCCGUGUGCGGGGGGGCGGGGGAGGUGUGGGCGCGAGGGGGCCCCGGGCCGAUGGCAGCCGGCACAGCCCCACGGCUGAAGCGGCUGCUUACAAAGGCAGGGCGGCCGUGUGCGCUGCGGGAGCCCGAAAUGGACUGUGAGGGGCCCAACCGGGCCAGCCCGGGCCGGCAGGCUGCAGCGCGGCCGGGUGAGGCUCAGAGCUGGCAGGCCUCUGCCCCCUCCGCUGAGGGUUCGUGCGGCGGAGCUUCUGCCCGGAGGGGCCACAUCCGGCACGGCAGGAUUCGGCUGGCUGUGGGGAGAAAAGCAAGAGGAGAAAGAGGGCACCGGGUGUUGGUGUUCCCCCGGACUGCCACGUGGAUCGGUUCAUUCAGUGGCAUCAAGGCUGGACCUGCUUGCAGCGGCUUUGGACACCUCGCCCACGGGAUGGAUGCAUUGCUGUACAACUCCCCAGUGGCCGGGAGAGCUUCUCCAGAUGCUCAUUGCCAACGGGGCUCCCCCGUGAGUGCGGAUCUGGGUGAUGAGAUUGUGGCGAUCUGGGAUGCUGUGUCUGAUUACAUCCUGGAACAGAUGAAGCUGGACAAGGGAGUCCUGGUCCCGGGACUCGGGCUCUUUGCUGCGGUCCGAGAGCAAUUCCACAGCAAAGAAGUGGCGGUGUCGGUCCGAAGACCUGUCUUCCAGCUGGACAUCGGGGUGCUGUGGCUGCAGGACCUCCAGUCGCCCACCGACAUCAUCCCCGACGAUGUCAAGAUUGAGCGGCUGAACUACCGGCAGCUCUCGCGAGCCACCGGCAUCUCGCUGCACGUGGUGCAGCGCUGCGUGCGAGAGACCGUCCUCUUGUACUGUCACCUCCUGAGGAACAAGGCGCACGUCUCAUUCGCCUUCAAGAACAUCGGCGUUAUGACGUACGAGGACGACUUCCUCUGCAUGAGGUUCUUGUCCAGCUGCAUUACAACGCUGGAGAGCAAUGCCAGCCUGACUGCACUGCUCCACACUAGAAUUUGGCCGGCCCGUUCUGCUGACUUCGGGUCAGAGACCUACCGCUCAUGGGAUCCAGGUGUUGCCGAGCUCGCUGUGAAAAAGAGCAGAGCAGAGGCCGCCGCAGAAAGGAACGCUGCAGUGGCGCGGAAGAUGAGUAGAGGGGGCACUGCCGGCAGGCUGCUACAGAAGCGGAAGACACUUCCCCCCUCCAUGCUGCUGCAAUACCAGGCAGGCUCAAGGCAGCAAGAUGUGGCAAAGAAGCCUUCUGCCAGCGUGCUCCCGCCGUGUGCAGGCAGCUCCCACGGGAGAAAGCAAGCAGGACAGAAGGAACCAUCUACUCCUGCCCAGACCAGCACUGCACUCCCUGCGACAGAGGACUCUAAGAGAGUGCUGCAGGAGCUCCGGGAAGUGUCUGCCCUGUGGAAUGAAGCAGACCGCACGUGGCCCGUGUACCAGCAGCAGCGGUUUGCCAGUGCGAGCGUGUGGGCUCCGCGUCCUCCAGCCCAGCCCCGGGGACAGCAAGUGAGGAGGAGGUGGAGGAAGGAUGUGGAUCCUCCGCCGGGAAGUAAAAUGGGAACAGCGACCAAGCUGGCACUGCAUGCCGACCUCCUCUCCCCGCGAGCAGCUCAGGUGCUCCAAAGGUUGGAGCCCCACCUCCAUCAGCAAGAGGCUUUUGCUGACACCGCGGAAAGAAACCGGCAGAAGCUGGAGCUGAAGCGGCAGCUCCCCUGUGCUCGAUGCUCGUACCGCUCCAGAGGGGAAGGUGCUGGCAACAGUGCUGGAGCUGUCGGCAAGGGGGCUGGGAAGCUGUCCGGAUUUCCACCUGUGAAUGGCAAAUCGUAG